GCCAUUCACCAGAAUUAAUACAUGACUUCAGUUGAGCUCCAGCUGCGAAGGCCUACUCCUACUUUGGCUUAGCGUGCUGCUGAAGACCCUCCCGAGAAAACCCCAGAAUUGAAUUGAACCAUACCUAAUUAUCGUUUAGAUACAGGCCACCACGAGUUCUACCAACCCUCAGUGACUGCUUACUGCUACAGAAGGGCAAAUCUCGUAUCCAGAGGCUUUGCUUUCACAGAUCAUACACACACCUAUCAUCUAUGACGCUUGGGCUCAACUGCAAAGAUGGUUCCCACACCGUUGGAAAAUUAUGUAUAUCAGACACUCCCUUCGAAACACAUUGAGAGUGGCGUCUGCUCUAUUACACCCUUUUCAUUGUGACACUAGCCAAGCAUGGCAGCAGAAACAGCAGUACUCCCUCCUACUGAACGACAAUACCACAGUACAUCUUCCCCAUAUGUGCUCCCAAACGAUGCCGUCGAGCAAGACCGACUCGACGCCCAAGCGGCCGCGAUCGUCAAAAUGAUCGGAGGGGCACCUUUCCUGGCACCCAUCCAGUCCAUGACGGGCAUCUCCAAGGCUGUAGACGUCGGAUGUGGCACCAGCAUUGCGACCAUCCAAAUGGCCAAGAUAUUCCCUUCCGCGAAAGUCUACAGACUUGAUCUAUCGCCCGUCCCAGAGGACGUGCGAAAACUUGCCCCAGCAAACACCAGCUGGGCAAUGGGAAACAUCCUUGAAGUAGAUCAUAACCAAUCCACGAGCAAUGUAAUGAACCGCGAGAUUUUCACACCAAGUGAAUUAGACUAUAUUUUCGGGAAGAUGCUCUUCCUAGGGAUCAAUGACUGGAGCCGGUAUUUCACGACAGCUGCCGAGGCACUCCGCCCCGGUGGAAUCAUCGAACAUCAAGACUUGGACUGGAAGUUUUACCGUUUUUGGACGUCGGAAUGUCUCAGCGAUGGAUGGGAGUGGCAUCGGGCUGUUGUGGCUGGCACUGAGCAUGCAGGUUUGUCUACGCGUGCCGGAUCUGAUGCAGCGAAAUUCAUGCGGGAUGCUGGGUUGGAGGUUCUGAGUAUCCAAACUUUUGAGUUUUCUUUUGUGCCAUCUAGCAAAACGCCGGAGAGUCAGGCUAUGAGGAGGUAUGUUCAGGCGAAGCUAAUUCCGAAUUAUCCGGAACUACUUCGUAAGAUGCUUGGGGCUCGGGGGAUCGUGGGUGACAAGCUGGAGGAAUUGGCUAAAGAUUGCCUUAGGGAUCUUUCCUCUGAGCCGGGUGUGCACCAGAAGUAUACGGUCACUAUUGCGAGGAAGCUUUAGAAUACUUUCUCCAGGUUUUCAGAAAAGACAGCCAAAUAUGACCUGAGAAUUUUCCUCUAUAGUCAGAUACAUGGCACAUACUGAAUUUUGCAAUAGAGGCAUUGAUUUCAAAGCCCUAACUUUGGUUAACUCUCUAAUUUCCCGAUUCUGUAUUCUUAGGCCUCAAUCAUUUCAAAAUAGCCAGAAAGAACUUUU